CCCCAAAAUAUGAGAAAGAAACGGAGAGAGGCAUGCUGUAGUGCAGGGGUUCCUCCUCUGAGGCUAAGCUCUAUUACUCUAGGGUUUCUCAAGCUGGAGUGAAUUUACAAAACUGAAUAAAUUACAGGCUUCAAUGCAGUAGAUUAACUGCAUGUGGGUUUGCAGUCUGAGCUGCUGGGCUUCUCCUCUGCCAGCGGCUGCUGAAGCCGUGUCUCUAGAUCAGAGGAAGAAAAAGCUUCUUUUGGAAGAGGGCAAAGAAAACAAGAGGACACAUUCAGCUUUGGGAGCAAACUGAGGGGUUGUGAUGUUGCUGGCCGAUUCCACAUUAAGUUUUAAGUGCCAGAGAGGUGGGCGCCCAAAAUUUGAGUCAACCCAGUAGCUGAUCAGAGAAGAAAGGAGCCACGGCAAAAGAUAACGGCAGGCAGAAAAGUGGAAGGAUACAGGAUGAUCCUGGGAAGUGUAAACCGACCCGGGCCGGUCCCUGCCUUCCUCAGGAGCCCAUCAGUCAUCCCGCCCCCCCUGGACAUGAAGCCCUUCCUUCAGUUUCCUCUGGAGCCCUCUCACCCCGCCAGCAUUGGCCUCUUUCACAACUUUAAUACUAUGGACCCUGUCCAGAAGGCUGUAAUGACACACACCUUCGGGCCACCACUGGUUAAAACUAAGAGGCCAAUUAUCUCCUGCAACGUCUGUCAAAUACGCUUCAACUCUGAGAGCCAGGCAGAGGCUCACUAUAAGGGGAAUCGCCAUGCCCGCAGGAUAAAAGGUAUAGAAACAUCCAAAACAACACGUUCACAAGAUGGAGACAAGCAGCCACCUCCCCCACCUGCUUCCCCCUCCAUAGCAGGCCUCUUAUCGUCCAGCCCCAAACCUGAUGGUACUGAUAAGCAGGUUGACACUCCAGUCCUGAAAGAGUCACCCCUGACUUCCAGCAGUCUUCCAACCCCGGCGCAGAGCGCAGCAGACGUAGAGUGCCCCCUUCUGCCUGCUGUCGGUAGUCUUUUACCCCCGCCACUGUCCCCCUCUGCAGCCCUCAGUGUCCCAUCUGCAGAUCCAGCACCGGUGGUUCUGCUCGAUACCCCUUCCCCAGCACCCAGCCCAUAUUCAGGAGAACCAGAGGAGGAGAAAGCCAAGAAACUCCUCUACUGCUCCCUGUGCAAAGUAGCUGUAAAUUCCCUUUCACAGCUGGAGGCACAUAACAAAGGCACCAAACACAAAACUAUCCUGGAGGCUCGAAGUGGAUUAGGACCCAUCAAAGCAUACCCACGUCUUGGUCCUAAACCCAGCCCUGAGCAGGGAGGAGAUCUGUCUUCUGACCCAAACACUCAGGAACAAACCUUUCACUGUGAGAUAUGCAACGUUAGGGUCAACUCUGAACUGCAGCUAAAGCAGCAUAUAUCAAGCAGAAGGCAUCGGGAUGGAGUUGCAGGAAAACCUAAUCCUCUUCUCAGUCGGCACAAGAAGCGCACAGAUCUAAUGGAACUUCCUAAAGCUCUUGGAGCUGGACUUUUACCAAAUCCCUUGGCCCUUGCUGCAGCGAUGGCAGCAGCAUCUUCAAAUCAACUGGCGCUUCGUCAUCCUGGUCCAACCUCACAUCCCCAUCACCCGCUCCUACAGGGAACACCCAUCAGCCUGCUGAGGCCAGCCCCAGGUCCCAUCCGCACGACACAUGGUCCAAUCCUUUUCACCCCGUACUAACAGUGAAGGAACGCAGAAGUAUCAGGAAGAAGCACACUGUGAGGCAACAGCUUGCCAUUAGGAGCCAAAACUGGCUGGUCUGGUUGGAACUGUGGUUAUAUUACGAUGAGACAUAAAUAUUGCUGUUUAUUGUGUAGAGGUGUAAGUUUCCUUCCUCCAGUUUAGUUAUCAGUGAGUGAUCGGCAUGUCUGUGUUAAUAGCUUAAAGAGGAUCUUGACAAACACGUUCUUAGGCGAUUCCCUCUGAGUAGUUCCCAGUCGGAAACUCUCCAUCUGCUUCACAGUCCACUGCGUCAGACUCAAACCCCUACCUCUCUUCUGUGUUUGAUGUGGAUUUCUUAAAUCCUGCUCGACAAAUACAAAACGCUGGAAGCGACAUCACAGCAUAACCUGGCGGUGGGCGUGAAUGGCGGUUUAUCUCGUGUGUGUCUGUGUUGGUGGAUGCUUGUUGUCUUCACCCCGACUGGAUCCAAGCUUAACUCUGUGAUGUUUGGCAGAUGAAUUAGAGAACCAUCUCAAGCCAUCCCUCACUUCUUUGUACUUAGCUUCCUAAUGGACAUAUUUUCUUAUUAUCUUGAUGAACAGUUUGCUUUUAAAGGGUGUCCAAAACACCCAUAGAACUACUGCUAAACUUUAAAAAAUGGAAAGAAAUCUGGCUCACCUAAGGGAAUCUAGGCACGGUCAGAACAACUGAACGGCACUGAAAGGAACUGAAUCUGAAUUGCUUCCCCGCCUCAAUGGUUUCUCCCUAUCCCUGCAUUUAUCCUUCCAAGCGGAGAGAAAUGGAAAAAUAGCGUCUUCAAAUUCGGACGUCACUACCACUUGAUGAGUUGUGGUUGAGCUAUGUUAGCACAUAGCUGCCAGCACAAAAAUAACAUCUGUUUUAUAUGUAAAAGUCCUGCAAAAACUUACAUUUACUUACAUUUAAAUGUAAACUUCUGUGCUUCAGAGCACACCCACAUGAACAAACAAGUUUCUCCUCCGCAUCACAGCGCGAUGCAGAUCACCCUUCCAGCGAUGGGAUACCCAGCCCCCCCAAAAAAACACUUUCAGAUACCAGUUCUAUGGAAGUAUUUAUGUCUCAUAAUUCAAAAUAAAAGUCAAUACCAGAAUUGCUGUUUUUGAUUUUCCCAGUGAAGCUCCAUUCAUUGAUUAGAAAAUAAAAUGAAAAAUUAAUCCUCCAAACCGCUUCUUCUUUUUUUUCCUCAACACCGUUCAUUCUGUCACUUAAAUAAAA